AACGAUGACGUUUGGACCAUUGGCCCUCGUUCCAACCUCGCAGCGUCUGAUGAUUGCAUGCCCCUGCGCACCCGGUGGUUGAGUCUCCCUCGCACUUCGGUCUACGGUCAGCAUUCCUCCGUCUGCAGCGUAACACCAUGAAAACGAUAACGCGAUGAGACAUCGGGUUUUUGUCCAGAGCCCAUUGGCCGCCCUAACGCCGAACCGGUGAAUCUUGAUGGGGUGUGCGCAUGUCAGUCGUUAGUUGCAGGGGCAUGGUUGAGGUAGGUAAGUAGCUGAGACGUCUUUGAUGCUGUCGAAGAUGAACUUGCCCCUCGAACUCAGAUAUAUUACGUCCAUCUAUUUAGCUAGGUUCUGUGUUGUUGUGAUCGUCUUUUCCAUCUUCCAUGUUGCUUUUGUUGUUAAGAUAAGAUCUCGAUACUUUCGUGAUUUUCGGAGGAAGCAGCCCUCACUCAACCUCAACCAGAACUAAUUGCACCAUGGCCAACACACCUCUCAAUCUCACACAAGAACCCUUCAUCCCUCUCAACUCCCUCAUCCUUGUCACCGGCGUCAACGGCCUAAUCGCCAGCCACAUAGCCGACCAGCUCCUCUCAGCCGGCUACCGCGUCCGAGGCACCGUGCGUAACAAAGCUCGAUGCGCCUGGGUCGAGCCCUUCUUCACCACCCGCUACGGCUUCAACCGCAUCGAAGUCAUUGAAGUCCCCAACAUCACUGCCCCCGGCAUCUGGAACGCUCACGUCGCCGGCGUCUCCGCCGUCAUCACCGUAGCCGGGGUCGCCUGGCUCGACGACAGAGACGUGCCAAAAGCCGUCAACGAAGAACUCAAGUGUCUCUACGGUCUUCUCGACGCCGCCAAGAUGCACUCCAACACCGUCCAGGCGUUCAUUUACACCAGCUCUUCAUGGGCGGCUUAUACGCCUAAGGUCGGGAUCCGCAGGACUCUGACAGAGGAGUCAUGGAAUCACGAGGCGGUGGCGUUGGCCGAAGAUUCGGGCAUCCCUGAUGCGGAAAAGGGCCUCGCUCCGUUCAUGGCCAUCAAAGUCAAAGUUGAGGAGGCGCUGUGGGACUGGGUUGCGAGGGAGAAGCCGACGUUUACUUUCAACGCGAUGCUCAUUUCCACCGUCGUUGGGCCCAUCCUUGAUCCCGACAAUCAGCCAGCCAGCACAGCCGGGCUAGUUAGGGCUUUAUACAAUGGGAAACCGAAGGACGCACUCGAUGUAAUUCCUACUUUCGGUCCACAGUCGUCCAUUGAUGCUCGAGACGCAGGUCGGCUGUAUCUUGGCGUGCUUGUGUCGGGACUAACUGGAUCAAGGGUUUAUGGGCUCGCGGAGCAGUUUAGUUGGAACCAAACUCUGGACAUUCUCAAGGAGUUGUAUCCUGAAAAGAACGACUGGGUGGAAUUGCCGAGUUCAAAUCAGAUUGAUGAAACGGAAAUUCCGGCGGACAUUCCUUUCUUGUUGUUGCAUGCUGUCGGACAGGAGGGAUGGACGGGCUUGAAGGAAAGCAUCAAAGAUGCGGCGGAGAGUUUUGCUCCGACUGGACGGUGCUGAAGGGAAACUUGAAAACAUGUUGAGGGUGGCGGGAGUGCAUAGCCCUUGAAUGGAUACUGAUGUCAUCCGAUGCUUCGGCUCGAACAUCUCGGCCAAUCCAGCUUAUUCCAGGCACCCAGCUUCGCUCGUUCUCCCCUUUCUCCUCGUCAGUUUCGUUUCUUUUUGCAUCAGGGCUCACGGUACCUGCAGUAGCGUUUAAGAUUAAGCCAAACAAGCCCCAGACCCACUAUCGGUCAUUGCACUUGAUUGAAGUCGCCCCGUUGGGCUGUCAAUGGUUGUUCCGGUUUUCUGGUUCCUCUCAGUGGGAUCCACAAACUAUUGAACUGUAACUCGAUGGAUGGGGUCUAGACCCUGAUAGUCCCCAAAGUUCAGCCAGCCACGAUUGAAUUACCUCUCGGUCAAUUGAAGGAAGAAGCCUGC